AUGGUUGUGAAACUAGAAACUAUUGGCGCUUUGUACGCUGAUGCUUACCCAUCAUUGAAACACCGCGAGAUGGAUACCAUCGUUACCGAUUGCCCGAGGAGGCAGAAGCUUCGCGGUACUGCCUUGCCUGCGCUGGUUGAAGAUGAUUCUGAGGAGGUGUUUGAGCCCCAACAGCGGUCCUACGUGCUGCACACAGAGGGUCUCCGUCGCCAAAAAUCUGUGUCUCCGCAUCGCCGAGAGAAGCUGCGUCGCACGUUAGCACUGCCGUCUUUGUCUGAGGACGAAGAGCCUUGA